UAACUGAGAUGUAUAUCAUGGCAUAAAUUACCUAAAAAUAACAUUUAUCUAAUUCUUACCUGUGCAAAUAACAUGUUUGACUGGCCAAAAACUACAAUGUCUGUAGUGCACUUUGGCUUUGAAGAGUGAAAUGGGGAUGACCUGUAAGGAGAUAUCAUGAGUAGUUCUCAUUUCAUCCCUAGCCCUUCGAAGAUGAGUAGAGAGGCACUGUGGUCAGUUGUACAGUUCCCAAAUGGUGGGACAGCAGUAGUUCUAGAGAGCUGGUUUAAAGCUGAGGAACAGACGCUGUUAUGGCCCCCAAAACACAUAACACUCAAGAAAGCCCUUCGAGACGGAAUGCAACCAGACGACAAAUGGAUCACCUAUACGGAUGUACGAGUCCUCAUUACGUGUGAGACCCUUGAUGAGGCGAAAAAACGAGAGACAAAAUAUAACACCACAAUGUGUCCAACAUCUGAAAUUGAAUCUCAUGAUGAAGGAGCUAUCCGCCAAAAAAGAAUAUCCAGGCCAAAUCAGCAGUUUAUGCAUUCUGAUUCUGAAGACCAUCAGAGUAGCAGUGCAAAAAGAAAGCAUUUUGCCAAACCACCUGAUGUUGGAUGUCCAGAUCUUGUUGCUAGCAACUACCAACAAUCACUAGCUGAUGAAGUUCUUAAUGCUGAGAUGCCAGGUUUUGCUACAGCCCACUGUGUCCAGUACCACAAGUUGCAGAAUCCACAGCGACAAAGUACAAGUAUUGGGUUGUCUGGAUGCAGCUCAAGGCAGUAUAACCAUCGCCCUGGUCUCUCACAAUGUGCACAAAAUAGGCUGCCAUUGGAUAUAUCACAGACAAACUCCGACCUGAAUGAUGUAUUGGAUUCAGCGCCUAAUCAAGGUUUCGAAGAUGCAACCACACAAAGGGCCAGCAAUAAUGGGCAGCUUUUGAGAGACCUCGCUAUCCAUAAGAUGACAUCGAUGCUUGCUGAAGCUCUUGUGAUUGUGAAGGAUCUAUCCAGAGAUGUCCAAUUCAUUAAGAACAAUUUGGCUCAGAGUAACAUUACACCAGGUAGCACACAAGGACCAGCAAACCUUGUACUCCCCCUUCCAGCUGCCAAUUGA